AGGGAAGCGUGAUUUGGUGAAAUUAUCGCGAGUUGUCGGCGUAUGUCGUCAGAUUGGAUCUUAUCGGCGAUUAUUUCACCACCCCAGACCCACGGCCACGCGAGAUUUCUUUUAAGCCGUGUUCUCGAAGUAACACGUGGAAGAAUGUCAGUGGACAGUGUUGGAUGACCGUGACAGUGCGGUGACCUGCAUGGGUCCUAGUUGAGCCCGAGCCCGAGCCCACGGCCGAAAAGCCCAGACCCGACUCCAUCCAUCCAUCCACCCACCGGUGCGUCUCUUUUUCUCUCUCUCUCCCUCCGAUUCCUAUAUAUUCUCAACAGCGCCCUCGGUAUUCGCGGCGACGUACUGGCGAUGCGAAGACGAUCUUCUACCGCCGAAAAAUUCUAUUUGUAGAAUCAUCGUUUUACAAUUUCGAAUUUGAAUUUCCAAGAAUCUCUGGAGGAUGUUGUUAAUGUUUUUUCGUUUCUUUGAGGGGACUGAUUUCGGGGGGUCAACAACGGAGAUUUCGGUAAUGUAGGUUGCGGAAGGAAGGAAGGAAGGAAUGAAGGAAGUAUAGUUUGUGGAUGUAUUUUGAAUUUCAACAUAUUUUUUUCUGUUGUUUCGAAGGAAGAAUUGGUGCUGAAGGUUCGUUUUCUCAGAGGUCCGGGAUUUUUGUUUUAGUUGCUAUCUUGUUUUGAUCUGGUUUCCCCAACCGUAUCUGCGCGUUAUGAAUCUUGGAGAUUCGGGGAUUAGCUUACUAGACGGCCUGCACUUUCGUUCUGUUUUAACUUAUUCGCAAUAUAUAUAAUUCAGUUUUGGCUGUAUUUGUUAGUUUUUUACGUUUCUGAUCCGGCAUUCAACGAAUACGGAACAGAUCGAGUUUAGGGGGAGGGGUCUCUUCUUGAUUUCCUGAUAUUAGUAUAUAAUACAUAGAUCAGGAGGGGAGGGGAGGGGGGUUCACUUUGUCGAUUUCUUGACUUAAUGCACGGCCAAGAGGAACAGAAAUGUGCAAGAUAGAGGGAAGUCGGAGGAAGCUUAGUGACUCUACGGUGAUGGAAUUGAAAGCGCUAGGAGAGAGCAAAGUCGAUAAAGUAAAGAUCUCGACGGUUUCAUCUGGGUCCAGAGUUCGGCCGUGGUUAAUCCGUUUAACCACCACCGUUUUGCUCUGGACUUGCAUCGUCCAAUUGAUUUCGCUACGGGAGGUGUGGGGGCCUGGAGUCUUGAAAGGAUGGCCCUCUUGUUUUUCCCAGGAAUCGGCGGCCGCUGCUGUGUUAGGAAUUCAGGAGAAAACCCUUUCAGUUCCGCCCAAAAUAGUACUUCCUCCGAAAAGAUAUUACAAGAACAAUGGCUACUUGAUGGUGUCGUGCAAUGGGGGGCUCAACCAAAUGAGAGGAGCGAUAUGUGACAUGGUUGCUAUCGCAAGAUAUUUGAAUGUCACCCUUAUAGUACCCGAAUUGGAUAAAACCUCAUUCUGGGCUGAUCCCAGUGAAUUUCAAGAUAUAUUUGAUGUGGAACAUUUCAUUGGAUCAUUGAGAGAUCAAGUACGCAUCAUAAGAGAGUUGCCUAUGGGGCUCAAGAAGAGAUUUAAACAACGGAAGAUUUACUCUAUGCCACCUAUUAGUUGGUCUGACAUUUCAUACUAUCACAAUCAGAUUCUUCCCCUGAUUCAGAAGCACAAAGUUUUACAUCUGAACCGAACUGAUGCCCGACUUGCCAACAAUGCCCAACCAAAGGAGUUACAGAAGCUGAGAUGUCGAGUAAACUAUAGUGCUCUGAGAUUCACCUCAGAGAUAGAGCAGUUAGGAAGAAGGGUUGUCAAGCUCCUUAGACAAAAUGGCCCUUUCCUAGUGCUUCAUCUUAGGUAUGAGAUGGAUAUGUUGGCUUUUUCAGGCUGUACUCAAGGUUGUAACAGUGAAGAAGUAGAAGAAUUGACAAGAAUGAGAUAUGCAUAUCCAUGGUGGAAAGAGAAAGUAAUAGACUCUGACCUGAAAAGGAAAGAUGGGCUGUGUCCGUUGACCCCAGAGGAAACUGCACUUACCCUGAGGGCUCUGGGCGUUGAUUCUAAUUUUCAGAUUUAUAUUGCAGCUGGUGAAAUCUAUGGAGGACACAGGAGACUGGAGAGUCUUGCAAAGGCAUAUCCAAAACUGGUCAAGAAAGAGACACUGCUAAAACCUUCUGACCUCAGGUUCUUUCAGAAUCACUCAUCCCAGAUGGCUGCAUUAGAUUACCUUGUCUCGUUGGAAAGUGAUAUAUUCAUUCCUACAUAUGAUGGGAAUAUGGCUAAAGUUGUUGAAGGUCAUCGCAGAUUUCUUGGGUUUAAGAAGACCAUACUGUUGGACAGAAAGAUACUUGUUGAUUUGAUAGAUCAAUACAACAGUGGAAAGUUAAGCUGGGACGAGUUCUCUUCGGCUGUAAAAGAAGCCCACACAGACCGCAUGGGGAAACCAGCAAAAAGGCUGGUGAUCCAAGACAAACCUAAAGAAGAGGAUUAUUUCUAUGCCAACCCUGAAGAAUGUUUGCCACCGUCGGAGGAACAAGAUGGGUUCAUUUCCACUCCAGUGCUGAAGAGACUAAUGUGAGUUUUGUAUGUAGGGAUUGUGACAUUUCGGUACAUGGAGAAUUGAACUGAUGGGAUUAAUCAAAGAUUAUCGAUGUCAAGAACUUUGUAUCUAGAAAAGCCCUGAGUACAUAAGAAGCCAGUUGGAGGACGUUAUUUUGUUCGACAUAUGGAAACUAUUGUGCAACAUGGUCGUAUAUAACCAGCUACCUUGCUGUUACAAGAUGAGAGCAGUAGAUCAAAUUGCAUAGGCAGCCAUUGUUGUACACAGAGAUGAAUUGGUAUGAAUCGCACAACCUCUUUUUUUUUUUUUUUCUUUUUCCUUCUUCUCAUAGUUCAUUGCCUCACUCCCAGUGUUAGCCUCAGUCUUCAUAUUAGUUAGGAGKGGAGCUAUAGGGAGUGAAAAUUUGUUUAUUUUUACCCCUUUCCCAAUAAGCACAGGUAGUUUCAUAUUUAUGUAUUUAGGAAAGGUUAGAUCACUUUUCCUUCCACCCCCACCCACCCUCUGAUCUCCACUUUGCCUAUCAAAAGACAAUAGGCAAUCAGAUUCAUUGAUUUUUAUGAUUAUUUUCAUUUGAUUCCGGAUCAUCUUCAUUAUCCUGUUCAA